AUGGUUCUUUUAUUGGUAAUAUUGUUGAUUGAACACGUCGUUUCGGAUACUGAAAGACACUCUCGCAAGGAUUUGGAAAAGGGUCCAACAGAAACACUUGAGGGCGUCAAUUGCACCGAAGGACAAUAUAUCUACCAAAAUGAGUGUAUGAACUGUUCGGUGUAUUGUGAGGCUGGAGCGUGCAAAGACGAGACUGGGUGCUCGACAUGUGUAAGUAAUUAUUACUCAACAAACGGCGUGUGUAAUCUUUGCCCUAUGAACUGUGCUGAGGGGCAGUGCAUUAAUGGAGAUGGGUGUGUCAAGUGUAAUCCCGGGUAUGUGAUGAAGAACAAGAAGUGUGAAGUUGACCCGCGGUGCAUUCAUUGUGUUCAAGGGAAGUGUAAUGCGACUGGGUGUUAUGAGUGUGAACCAAAAUAUGAAUUAGUGAACAACUCAUGCUUUGACAACACUUGUCAGGAUUGUGAAUUGGGUCAUUGCGUGACGGGGUUUUGUGACGAUUGCGUCAAUGGGUUUUACUUAUACCACUCUAAGUGCAACAAAUGUGUACCCGAAUGCACAGAGAAUGGAUGUGCGGAUGGAUAUGGGUGUAUUGAAUGUAUUAAUGGAUAUGAGGCGAAGAAGGGUAUAUGUUUGGAAGUGACAUCAAGUGGUUCUGCAGGCUUGGCGUCAUGGGAGAUUGUGUUGAUUGUGGUUGUACCAUUAGUAUCAGUGAUAUUGAUUAGUGUAAUUGCUGUGGUAAUACUCCUUGUGUUGAGGAGAGUAAAUUCAGUGCAUGUGUUUUAA